UCCCCCCACUAUAUAUCCCAACUAACCGUCUACUUCAACCUCGUUGUGGUACUCCCCAUUCGCCGCCAUACACCAUGCCGUCAGUGGCUUCACUUCCACCACCACCACAGAUACCGACACUCAGCCGUAUUAAAACACCAGCAAGUAUACUUUUAGGUAAGUAUGAAUUGGGUCGGUUGUUAGGCCGUGGAAGCUUUGCAAAAGUUCACGAGGCAACUUCUCUUGAGGACAAUAACAGCGUUGUGGCGAUCAAGAUCAUAGACAAAACGAAAACAGUAGAUGCCGCCAUGGAACCGAGGAUAAUCCGGGAAGUUUCAGCUAUGCGCCGCCUACAACAUCACCCGAACAUUCUUAAAAUCCACGAGGUGAUGGCCUCAAAGACCAAGAUUUACCUCGUCAUGGAACUAGCCUCCGGUGGUGAACUCUUCUCCAAAGUGUUACGCCGUGGCCGAUUAACUGAAUCCGCCGCACGUAGGUACUUCUCCCAACUCGUCUCCGCUCUCCACUUCUGCCACCUAAACGGUGUCGCCCACCGUGAUGUGAAGCCUCAAAAUCUGUUGUUAGAUCAAAGUGGAAAUCUUAAAGUUUCGGACUUUGGUCUCUCGGCUCUACCAGAACAGCUAAACGACGUCGGUCUUCUGCAUACAGCUUGUGGAACGCCGGCUUAUACAGCUCCUGAGGUUGUCCUGAGAAAAGGGUAUAACGGUUCCAAGGCGGAUGCUUGGUCUUGUGGUGUCAUUUUAUUUGUUCUGUUGGCAGGUUAUUUACCCUUUGAUGAUGGUAACUUAAUGACUAUGUACAAAAAGAUUCAACGAAGGGAGUUUCAAUUUCCAUCUUGGAUAUCAAAGCAAGCAAAAGCUAUAAUAUGGCAGCUUUUAGACCCGAACCCCGACACAAGAAUGAACAUAGCCAAGUUAAUGGAAACUUCAUGGUUUAAGAGGACUUCAAAGGCGUUUCCAUCAUCCAACAGCCAACAAGAAAGUUUGUUACAUGACAGGAAGUUGCAACAUGAUAUGGUUUGUAAUGGAGUUAAUGCUUUUGAUAUAAUAGCUUUGUCUUCAGGGUUGGAUUUGUCAGGGCUUUUAGAAGGAGGGGAUAAUAAGAGGAAGGAAAGGAGGUAUACAACUUCAAUGGAGUUGGAUGGGGUAAUGGAGAGGGUUAGGGAGGUAGGGGAGAGAUUGGGGUACAGAGUGGAGAGAGGGAAAAGAGGGGUUAUGGGGUUAGGGAAAGGGAGGGUGGUAGUGGUGGUGGAGGUGGUAGAGGUGGCAGAGGUGUUUGUUUUGGUGGAGGUUAAGGUGAUGGAUGGUGGGGUAGAGUUUGAGGAAGGGCAGUGGGUGGAUCUGGAAGCCGGCCUUGGAGACGUUUUUGUUUCUUGGGAUAAUGGUGCUUUAGGGUGAUGGUGUUUUUGUUUGGUAAUGUACAUGGAAGGUUUUUUUUUUCCCUCUUUCUUUCCCCUACUUUUGUUGUAUUCAUUAGUUAUUUUAUUUGGUCUGAAUCUAGAUAGGUAUAAAAGAUGAAAAUUAUAGUGAUAAUUUCAGCAGCUGAAUAAUUUAUUAUUAUUUUGUUGA